GUCCCCCAACUGUGCUGAUAAACUUCUUUCAGUUCCCUGACACCCACGCCAUGUGUGCCACUAGGCUGGCGACAAUGGCGGCCCAGUCCACAGUGUACACCUUCUCCGCGCGCCCGCUGGCUGGCGGGGAGCCUUUGAGUCUGGGCUCUCUGCGGGGCAAGGUGCUGCUCAUCGAGAAUGUGGCUUCUCUUUGAGGCACCACGCUUCGGGACUACACCCAAAUGAACGAGCUACAGGAGCGCCUCGGGCCCCGGGGCUUGGUCGUGCUCGGCUUCCCGUGCAACCAGUUUGGACAUCAGGAGAACGCGAAGAACGAAGAGAUUCUGAAUUCCCUCAAGUACGUCCGACCCGGUGGCGGGUUCGAGCCCAAUUUCCCCCUCUUCGAGAAGUGCGAGGUGAAUGGCUCCAAGGCACAUCCACUCUUCGCAUUCCUGCGGGAGGCCCUGCCAAUGCCCAGCGAUGACCCCAGUGCACUCAUGACCGACCCCAAAUUCAUCAUCUGGUCUCCGGUGUGCCGCAAUGAUAUUGCCUGGAACUUUGAGAAGUUCCUGGUGGGCCCUGACGGUGUGCCCGUGCGCAGAUACAGCCGCCGCUUUCCGACCAUCGACAUAGAACCUGACAUUGAAGCCCUGCUGUCUCAGAUGCCCAGCAGUGCCUAGGACACUCUUCGUAUCCUGACUUGGCAGUUGCCAGCUGCUUUCUGUGGGGAUUUCAUCCAUGAUGGUGUUUACUCUAAACCUGCAUUGAGGAACGCCUGAUUUCCGGGAAAAUCCCCAUAGAAGGGCGCUGGGCUUGUUUAUCCCUGCCUCCUCUCUGCCUAGACCAAGGCAAUUUUUACCACUAAUAAAGUGCUGGGUGACACGGAA